GGAACCAACUUCCCUGCAGGUUGCCAUAUAUUUGAUGUCUUUGUAUUUUAAUGAAUAAUUAACUAAUAUUACGCGAACCACACGAUGUCAGCAGAGGUUGACGCAGGUUCAAAAGUUAAGUUUCAUACCGAACGAGGGAAUUCAUAUUUGGAGGAAGCGAAGCGUGACGCAAGUUACCACGGACGUGCUGUGCAGGAGUUUGUCCUCGCUUACAAACACGUAUUAUUACUCAACAACCGAAGUGGGUUGGAGACAUCGUGCGUGUUCAACCUUGGGGCCGCGUAUAUCGCUGCCGGGUACUUUGAGCGGGGGGUGGAGGUGUUGGGGUCAAUACUCAACAAUGUUGACCCCGCCCCUGUGGAAAACGUUGGUGAUAACUACCCGUCAAUCACCCGCGGUGAUGUUUUGUAUAAUAUCGGUUACGGGUACGAGAAAAUGAACAACUAUGACAUCACAAUACGUUAUUAUGAAAGUGCAAUCAGCGAUUUUAAGUUAAGCCCCCAGCGGAGGGCGAUGUUAUGCUCGACGAUGGACAAAGUGGCCGCGAUGCACGUCAAGCACGGGGACCAUAUUAGGGCACGAGGGGUGUAUUAUGAUGUCAUAAAGAUAUAUAUGGAUGAACAAUUAUACGAAGAAGCGUGUUCUGCAAUGUUACGACAGGUUGAAGCAGUUCUUGGGGAUUCCCCUGUUUUGGAUAAUUCUUGUUUUUCAAUUCUGGACGAAUGUUUGGAUAAUUGCGAUAAAAUAAAGAACAACGUUGCAAAAUGUAAAGUGUUAACGGAACUUGGGUUGAAAUAUUCGUUGCUUGGAAGAUUUGCGGUCGCGGUUGAUUGCUUCGAUGACGUGUUACGGUUGAGUGAGGAUAAACAGUUGGUUGCCGUGGCGAUGCAGAAUAUGGGGGCCGUUAAAAAUCGACUUGGGGAGUUUACCGCGGGAAUCCCCUGGCAUGAGAAAGCGAUCAAACUACAUGGUAACCUUGGCAACAGGAACGCACAAGGACAAUGUUUUUGCAACCUUGCAAACGCGCUGACUCAUGCUCAACGAAUCGAUGAUGCAGCAGAAGCAUUUAUUCAUGCGUUACAAGCUUUUAAAGAUUCAGACGACAAACUUGGUCAAUGGCAAGUCCACGAUGGGUUGGGGAGGGUUUACGUUUAUUAUGGGAAAUACAACAAGGCUGUGAAACAAUAUAAACAAGCUAUUAUAUUACAAGCCCAGAGCAAGGACACCACGAAAGCCACUCAGGACAAAUUGGUUGAAAACUUAAGUCGUGCCUUGAUGUUGCAACACGUUCCUCCAACACCGAGACACAGGGAAAUAGAAGCCCCGCCCCCGGUUGAGGAACCGCCCAUCCAGGUCGACGCCCCCAAUACUCAGCCAAUCAAAAAUUCCCAUAAUUACGCACGGGGUCGUCGAGAGUUCGGUCGUGAUGGUCGUCCACUACGCUUCGUUAAUCGGGGGUUGUCAUCCUUCACCGCACACGAUGUCGUAACAAUGGAUGGACUGGACUCUUACCCUUCAAGUUCGGACGAUUCCGACCCGGAUAUUAAGCGUACCAUCUUACCCCGCCACUCAAGUUUACAAGGAAGUCGUAGAAAGUCGGGGAAAUUAAACUCAAGUCAAGGUUUACUUGAUCUCGAUUCCCCGAGUAAUCGACCAAUCACGACGGAGGAAAAAGAAUACGAUAAGUUACUAAGAGACAGCGGAGGCAGCAACACAAAUUAUAACCAGGCUUUUCGGGAUCAGCUUCAAUCCAUCUCCGAAAGUUUGACGGAUGUUUCGUCGGCAACGGAUGAAGACCCACCAAUCCCGAAACCGAACCCUCUUCCAAGAACCCUCAAACAUGGGGAAUCCCCUGGGGAUGGGAAAAACCCCGAUAAACAUGAGGAAAACCCCCUGAAGGUGGAACACCUGGUGGGACUUUCCCAGCGCUCUAAAACCCCCCCUAUCAAACCAGCGCGCAAGAUAUUAUCCGAUUCAAGUUAUUCAACAAUCAACAAAACUACAAGGUUUUCCCCAAAAAAUCCACCAGAACAUACUUACGAAUCCAUCCGAAGAGAUCCCGACGAGACCCAGGUGGGAAACCCCCAAGUUACCCCUAAUGAUGACACUUUACAUGGGGAUUCCCCCGAUGCUCCCCCAUUAUCAUCCAUCUAUGGCACGGUUCCGACGAACAAUGGGGAGGAGUUUGAAACAAAGAGUAAUGAUGUCAUAAAAGAACUGAAGCCGCCGCAACCUGAUGAUAAAAAGAAAUCAAGAAUGUGUAUUGUUAUGUGAUUGAACGACACCGAUAAUUUGUACAACCCAUUAGUGACCACUGGGUUGGAGCAAUUGUUGUUAAGUGUCCAAGAACAUUUAUGUAUUGUGAUGUAAUAAUCUUUGUAUCCAUCGUGUGCUAUAUAUUUCUUAGUUUCAAAUUAUUUUAACAAAUAUUAAAUCCUGUUUUGUAAACAAUUAGCUUUAUUCGCUCCCCUAAAAAAUAAACCGUGUGCUUUUUGCGCCAC